AUGCCGACGUGGACGAUGAGCUCGACCCAUUUGGUGGUCGGAAGACAAACUGGAGGUCGCCCCCGAUCCCGGGAUUGGUCGUCCGAAGUGACCCGACGCGGCGGAAAAGUCGUCACGCCGCACGGAAAUCCACGCUCAAGCGACUUUCUCUCUUACACCUCGACCACCACCACCACCUCCACAAAAAUGCUUGCCCGCUCUGCUGCUCGCGUCCUGGCCGCGCCCCAGACCCGUCUUUUCUCUGCCUCAGCAGCGCACCGCACCAAGGUGGCCGUUCUCGGUGCCGGAGGAGGAAUUGGCCAACCUCUCUCCCUGCUCCUCAAAAGUGACCCCCUUGUCACCUCCCUCAGCCUCUACGACAUCCGCGGCGCACCUGGUGUCGCCGCUGAUGUGAGCCACGUCGAUACUGGUAGCGAGGUGCAAGGGUACGCUGCCGACCAGCUCGACCAAGCUCUCGAGGGCGUUAAGGUUGUUGUCAUCCCUGCUGGUGUCCCCAGGAAGCCUGGUAUGACCCGUGACGACCUCUUCAACACAAACGCCUCCAUCGUCCGCGACCUCGCUUCCGCAGUCGGCCGCGUCGCCCCCGACGCCCACAUCCUCGUCAUCUCCAACCCCGUCAACUCCACCGUCCCCAUCGUCGCCGCCACGCUUGAGAAAGCCGGCGUCUUUGACCCGCGUCGCGUCUUCGGUGUCACCACCCUCGACGUCGUCCGUGCCGCACGCUUCCUCGCUGGCGUCGUCGGCGCCACACCCGCGGAGACCGCCGUCACCGUCGUUGGCGGCCACUCCGGGCCGACGAUUGUACCCCUGCUCUCGCAGACCAAACUCGGCAAGGACGUCAAGGGUGAGGUGUAUGACAAGCUCGUGCACCGCAUCCAGUAUGGUGGGGACGAGGUCGUGAAGGCGAAGGAUGGCGCGGGCAGUGCGACGCUCUCGAUGGCGUAUGCGGGUGCCAAGUUCACGAACACGCUCCUCCAGGGCUUGAACGGGGAGAAGGGCGUUGUUGCGCCUACGUUCGUCAAGAGCCCGCUCUUUGUUGACCAGGGUAUCGAUUUCUUCUCGUCGAACGUCGAGCUUGGCCCCAACGGUGUCGAGAAGAUCCACCCCCUCGGCGAACUGUCUGCUGAGGAAGAGAAGCUCCUCGCUGCCUGCUUGCCCGAGCUCAAGAAGAACAUCGAGAAGGGCAAGGCUUUUGUCGCUUAG